UGCAAGUGUUUCAGAGGCGUCAACCGCGAUGGGAUCGAUGAGUUUGAACGUCUUUACUGAUAACGUUUUUAACCCGGAAGAUGCAGAGAAGGUGACGAACGAACAUAUCAAGAACUUGUCAAAACUACUUGGUAUAAAUCAUUUCGACCCGAUUUGCGAAGCCUUUAACUUUGAUCGCAACAUUUCUCUGAACCUCCUAGACUCGAAUGAUUCCAAUUACAAUGCAACCUACGAGCAACUACUGAGCGGGUGGAAAUCGGGGAAGAAACUGAACGACCUGGACGAGUUACUGAAGGAAUCAGGAAUAAGAUUAACAUCGUCUUACAAAAAAAACAAUCAACAGUAAAAUCAAUAAAUGACUGCUUUAUUUAAAUUCAUUCAUGAAUUUACUUGACAAACG